GCCAAAGCGAACUUCGAACGUUCUACGCCACUAAAGCGAACCGUUGAUGGUGGGGAUCCACUUUGAUGACUUCUGCCACUUCAACUGACUUUUGGUUGCACUUGACGAUAGCUUUUCCAUCUAGCGGAUCUUGCUGCCAGCCAUUUUCUCUACCUACUUGGGAUACACGCUUCCUCGAGAUCAGGGCAAGAAGAUACCUAUUAAAUCGUAUCAAAGGGUUACAAAAGCGCCUUUAGCUACGGUCAAUUCAGCAGCAAAAUCUCCAUCAUGGAUUCCAUGAGGAGCCUAAACACAUCCCUCCCUCAGCCUUCGUCACCUCGUCCACAGGCUCUACACCCGACCGAGGAUCUACUGCAAGCUUUUAAAUCGGCUGCCCUUUCGGUCACCAAUCUCUACAAAACCGCUGCCGGAGACCAAGCCCAUGCUCGUCAAGAAGGUUAUCAAGAUGCACUAGAUGAUCUAUUGUCAUUUCUGGAUAAGGAGAAUCUGGGACUCGGUGAUGGUGAAGGUUGGAGAGUUCGACAGUGGGCCACUGAACGGCUGGAUGGCAGUCGGCCGCAAGCCGGGGUGGACAGUGAUGACGAGCGAGAGACCGACAAGCCAGUGAGGACAUCCUCUCCGGCAGUACAACGCAUGUCGGGUCGGAAUGUUUCGAACCAAGAACAGACGACUUCAGAACCUCCGCUGCGGACGGAGUCAGCACCGCCAUCUACUACCAAUGCAACCCAUGAAACUCAGUCCGAAGCGCAAAGAAACUUCGAAAUGUUUACAUUUCGAUCGGGUCAUCCUUACCCCGAAGAGAUCAUUAUGGAUGGCUCGCAGGACUCUACUGAGACUUCUGAGGACAAAACCGAUGAGGCUACUGCUCAGCAGACCUCGGCACCUUCAUUUACGCUCGAAGUCCUUCCACGCCACAAUCGGCCGGUGACGAGAUUUGGGGCACAUGGUUCCCGCAGCGCAACGAGGCCCCCGGGUUCAUCGACCGGUCUAGGAAGCGGUGCCGGCUCCAAACGGAGACUUCCCUUCGGUGAAUUCUUCGACAUUAGCAGCGUCACAAGCGGAAAGGAGGGAAUCGGGAGCAGUAAGAGAGGUCGAUUCAUAUAAUACGGCAUCAUUGCAUUUCUUUGUACAUUUCUUUUUCGGAUUGUUUAGAUGCUCGACGAGGGCCACUGAGCAUUUACGGAGUCUUUCAGCAUUUCAGGGUCUGGUAUAGCUGCUUUUCUUUUCCUAUAUCAUCUGUUCUCAUUGCAUUAUGGAUCAUAUCAUAACCCACCAUAUUAGAGGAGGCGGACAGCUUUAUAACGAUGAGAGGGUCUAGUCUUCGCUGACUGUAUCUUUAUGGGAAUCGUCUGAAGCAUUUCCUUUUCCUUCCGAGAUCCGUAUAUUUAGUCAUCUGCUCUACUUUUUGGAGAGCGGCACAUUUCGCUUCUACCAACACCUUAACAUUAGAUAUAGCUUGAUACCUUUCGUAUGCCGAA